CAAGUUCUGGAAUUCGAAGUGGAUGGUAAACCGUGUUUCGAGAUCCCACUGAGCAACGUGAGCAAUUGUACAGCGGGAAAAAGUGAAGCAGCACUGGAAUUUCAUCAGGGUGACGGCUGUCCCAUAUCACUGAUGGAAAUGCGUUUUCACAUUCCAACUGAUCCGGAUGCUGAUGAAGACGUUGAUCCGGUUGAGGUACUUGGCUUUUUUCUCCUCGGCAUUACCAAGUCAGAAUUGAGAGUUGAAGAUUGGUCCCCGUAA